CCCAAAGUUUGCUCCUCCUGUGGUGUUCGUUCAGCUCGGCGGGAAAGAUGUCCCUCCUGAAUUUAAACAAACCGCAGAAUGCAAAUAUUCCUCAAAGCCCUCAUGUCGAAGAGAUCGCGCGCGCGCCGAGCAUUGGAUUGGAUGCACUAGACCUUGUUCCGUUCUCUGAAUCAUGCUCAGGCUUAUUUGAAGGAAACGACGAUGACGACAUAUACGAUUUUUGUAACGACUUGACCGGUGACCACGACAGAACAACGAAUGCAAACGAAUGCAGUUACCUUGUUGAAGUGCAACUCGCCAUGUUCGCUUCCCCUUCAUAACUGACAUUAUCCAAGCAAUUCUCUGAUGUUAUGGACCUGGACCCGGACUGGGAUGAUGAUGAUAUCGCAGAAGUCAUGGUUCUGUCACGCAACUUGAAGCACUGGCCGACGAGACUGCCUACCAUCGCUGAGGAGCUCGAUACAUCUUCUUUCAUAGCUUCUUCGGGUUCUGAUCACACCCGACACACUCCACCCUGCGCGACUUUGGCCGAUUUUGAGAUUAUUGCCACAUCUGAAUACCCCAAGAAAUGCAGAAGGCGAUCAGGCAGCAAGUUUUAUGUUAUCAAGUCACUUGCAUCUGGCAUGCUCGCAGAGAAGCUGGUAAUGGAGUCCAUACGAGAAAUAGACUCGCCAUUCCUAGAUCGCCUUCGGUGGGCUUUUUCGGUGCCGGGCGACUGUACAUAUCUGGUUCUUGACUUUCAUUCCGAAGUGACCGUGGCCACCAUCGUACAGGACAAUCCCCUCAAUACGGUCGAGGCAAUGUUCUUUGCGUGCGAGCUCGUUGAAGGGAUUGGAUCACUGCAUCUAGCGAACAUAGCCCAUCGAGACAUUACGCCCGCCAACGUCCUCAUUGAUCGUACUGGUCACGUUGUUCUGUCCGACUUCUCAAAUGCAGUCUUUCUGAGCGGUAGUCCGCCUUGCCACGAUUGUCCGCCGCUGAGCUCGGCUGUCGAGUUCCAGGCCCCUGAGAUAACGUGGACGCACAAUCUCGCUGUGGAUUGUUGGUCUUUUGGAUUGCUUUUGCAUUUCAUGUUGACGGGCCGCAAUCCGGUCGUUGACCACAACUCAGCACUUCCGAUCAGGAGUCAAGUUCUUGACGGACAUCCGAAGAUUCAGGAGGCCCUUCCGUUUGAAGCCACGGAUCUGAUCAUUAAGUGCCUAGAACGGAAUCCUAUCUUUCGAUUGUCGAUCACGAAAAUACGGGAUCACUCAUAUUUUUUUAACACGGAUUGGGAAGAUGUUCGUGCCAAAAGGAUCC